GCCGGUUUCGCAGAGCAUGUCGGCGCUGCUCCUCUCGUGGCUUCGGUCGACGGCGCAGUUGCCGCGGUCAAUCGAGUGCCUCGAGCGGGAUCUCAGCAACGGGUACCUUCUCGGCUACGUUUUAUCAUCGCUCGAGCUCGAGCCGUCGCCCGAGAGCUACACCGACGCCGACGACCUCGCGUCCGUGCUCCGUAACUUUGAACGCCUCGAGAAGUCGCUGCAUGGCGUCGGGAUUCGCCUCUCGCCCGAAGCAGCGCGCAACAUCAUGAUGGAGAAGAAAGGCGCGGUCGCCAAGUUGCUCAUGCAGCUCAAAGAACACGUCGAUCGAAACGAGGCGUCGCGACCCAAGCCGACCGAGCCAGCAACCGCGUCGCUGCGCCCGCCACCGGCUGGGAGUCACCGUCACAUGCCCGCGCCCGAUAUGACGAGCCCAAGGGAUCGGUUUGUGGAGAAUAUCAUCGCGUCGAUUGACCCGUCUGACUGGAACAACCACAACCGCGUGGAUAUGGCGAUCCACUUGCGCAAAUUUACCGAAUUCAUGUGGUCUGCGUCGGACGCGACCGCUGCCCACUUUGCCUCGGAGCACGACCAGAAGGUCGCGGCCGCCCGCCGCACGCGCGACGACGAGCUCACGCACACGCAUGACAAGCAAGACUUCCUCGAACAGUGGUCGGCCAUGGGCCGGGACAAGUGGACGGCCAACCAGGCGGUCAAGCGCAAUCGGGAGGCCGAGCAACUGCAGUUUGAACUCAGCUUGCGGGAGCGCCGGCGCGUCAUCAUUGCCCACGCAAACGAAGCCGCGGCCAUCGACCUUGCCGACGGUGUCUCGAGCUUUGAUAAGAAUUUCAAGCGGCUUGGUAUUAGCUCGGGCGACGAUGACAGUGGCGUGCGCUUGACACCAGCCAAAGGCUCCGGGCUCGACCACCUCGUCGAGCUUGAGAACCGUGUCGCGUCGUUUCAUUUGCGCCCGUCGAGCAACAUUCAAAUGAUGAAGGAGCUUCGCGACCGGCGUAAACUGCACCUCAACGCGCAGCGCGAGCGCGCAAGCCGGCGCCGCAAGAUGCUCGUAGACCAGACACGCAAUACGAUCGAAAUCAACCGCAAGCAAGAAGAGGCCGCGCUCUUGCAUCGGCUCUUUGUCGUUGGCAAGCGCCGACGCAACGUGCUGCGCACGCUGUGGGAAGCGCGCCACAACCACGAAAAAAACAAGGGCGAGGCCAAUGUCGCGGCCACCGAGCGCGUCAUCGCCUACGCCGCAACGAUUGAAGCCGCGGCCGCCAAGAGUCUGGACGAGCUGCACGCCGCUGCGAUGGCGCCGGAUGCGGUCGCUCGGCGCGCCGAGACUCUCCGGGUCGCCAUCGACGACGCCCGCGUGCUCGACGAGCGCAAGCACGAGGCACACACGUUGCUGUGUGCGGAUGUCCUCGACACUUUGCUGUCGUUUGUGCACACUGUUGUCGUCCACCGCGCGUCAACGCGUCAGCCCAUGCCGGCGCCGCUGUACCGGUCACUCAAAGCACAGUUUGUCUCGGGCGCUAUCUGCGGACGCUCGAUCGACAAUACACGGAGCGAAAGCGGGUGCAGUAGCAUCGAAGUCGACUACUUGCUGCGCGACUACGUCCGCAACGACGGUGUCUUUGGCACUCCCGACUUGGGCAGGCCGCCGCCGACGACCGACGUCGACGCAAUACAAGCAACCAUUCAUGCGCUCGCGACGACGCCACCCAGUGAGCUACUCACGACGUCGUGGCCACCGCUCUUGUCGGCAACGUCCCGGCCGCUCCUGCUCUGCUGGUACGCCAAGGACACCAGUAGCAACUUCGCAGCGGGCCUCGCGGCAUCAACGGGGUUGCAGCUGCUGACCGUCGAGGCGUGCGUCGAUCGGUGUGUCAAGCUGAGCGAGCGGGGCAAGCCAGCCGCGGGCGAGAAGCCGUCGCCACUCGAAGUGGAAAUGGCAGCGCUGGGUACCAAGAUGGCCCAGGCGCGGUCCAAAGGCAGUGCGAUCCCGGACGCUGUCGUGGCCGAUGCGGUGUGCAAAGCGUUGGUGCACGUCUUUGCGCAAGCUAACGCCGCGACGUUCGUCGGUGUGCUCCUCCUCAACUUCCCGCGCUCCAAGGACGAAGCCAAAGUGUUUGAAGUCGAGAUGCUCAAGCGCUACCAUGGGAUCUCGGACGCCGAGCUAAGUCUUCGAAGCGCGCAGCUCACCGCGUCCUGGGACGAGAAGGCCGUCGUCAUGGAGAGCGCGCCGCCGCCUCUCUCAAGCGUCGACUGGGUCCUCUUCCUCGACGCCACCACCGACGCGCUGGUCGCCGGCGUUCUCGACGAUGCCGCCAAGAGGGAUGUUUACGCACGAGCCGAGACGUGGGCGACGACGACGGCCGCGCUCCAAGCCUUCUGGAAGCCGUUUGGCUGCGCAGUUACGUUGAACACAACGACGACGCCGGCGCUCGCGCUCGACGAGACGCUGCAGGCGCUGCUGCGACUGACGCCAGACGCGCACCAUGUGUUGCACGCGACAGACCCGGACGACUUUGGCUCGGCGCUCGCAAAAAUGAAAAACGACCGCCGACAAACCAUGUCGCCCCCCGAGCUCCUCGUCGUGCGUGAUCGAUGCGGCGAGCACUUGCUUCCGUGGGCGUCGCUUCGGGAUCUCGACGAUGCUAUCAACUACCACGACGUGGAGCAGUGCCAUUUGGAUCGUGUUCGAGCACUGCAAGCGUUCUACGAGAGUCUGCAGAGCUUUUCCCGGCCGUUCCUGCGCCUACGCACGCAGUUUCUCGCUGUGUUGGACGCGAAUUCGUCCCAGCAGACGCUCUUGGACGCCGCCUUGCAUGAUCUGGCCGCGCCCAUCGCCUUUGCCACGCCCAAGGAGCGCCACGAACACGUUCACCGGCGCCUCAUGGCGCUUGAAGUCGACCUCGGUGACCUUGUCGACGCCGUCCGAUGCCCAGCCAACCGCUUUUUGCAGUCGCCCGAGAACUGGUCCAUGUCGACCGACGCCUUUGUCGAGAGUGUGGUCAGCUGGGCGACGGCGCUGCUGCGCUCGGAAAAGAAGUCGCUCUUGCGGCGCCUCCGGCACUUGCUGUCGUACUUUGAACUGGUGGGUCCGGUCGCUGCCGCGUCGCCAAGCGAGAGAGACGCUGGCGUUCACGUCGCCACCGAUCAGGCCCUGCCACCAAAUUCGCCUCUGCUCGAGACGGUUCAUGACAUCGUCGCCGACGUCCUCAUUCGCCCGUCCUCGGACGCCAACGAUCUGCAGUCGGUCGUGCUGGACACCGAGCGCGCUUUGUUUUUGCGCCGGUGUGUCGGCAUCGUCCGCUUCGUCGACACGAUUGCGCGUCGGGUCACGGGCUUGGUGGACGUCGAAAAGUCGAGUCUCGACACAGCGCUAUUGCAAUUCGUACACCAGGAGUUUCGACACAUUGUCAACGUCGUCCAAGCCCUUCGCGACGCACCCACCGUAGUUCGCUGGCCGCGGCUGCAGUCGCUGACGACACCACUCGAUGGCCACGGCAUUCGGAUCGCGCAUCACAUGUCCUUUCUGAGCGUGACGCACUUGCGUGCGAUCGUCUGUGCGCUGCAGACAGCGACGACGCACGGCCAACAGCUGUCGGUACCUGUGUUUACAGCGACCGUCGUCGAAGUGGCCACUGCGCAAGUGCUCCCGCCCGUCUGGGCCUCGUACACGGCGGUUGCCAACAUGGCAAUCGCGUUUGCUACGGCAGAGGUGGUCGACUGGCGCCGCCUCGUGCUCUCGCUCGCGACGGCCCAAAAGCUCCCCGUGCCCGACGUACGCGACCUGGAAGCGCUGGUGUUGCACUGGCGCACGCCUCGGGCGCUGAGCGCCGUCGUCGACAAGGCGGCGUUCUUGAGUGCGCCGCUGUGGUGCCAUGAGCCCGCGUACCAGCAGCUGCUGCAUGAGCUGUUUGCGGACGCGACGACGGGCGACGUGGCGGUCGUCCCGUUCCUCUUGCAUGUCUGUGCAUCGAGCUACCCGCUCGACGUGCUGCCGCCGUGUCAUGGAAACUUAGCUCGCUUCUCGCGGGGCGUGGCCAGAGCCAUCUACGUCUUGGAGCACUGGCCGUCCAUCAACGGCAAUGCCACCGACGAUUCGGCGUCAAUCCCAGCUCUGGUCUACGCGUUUGCUGCUGUCCCAAUGCCUGAGGAUAUCGACGCUUCGUAUGGGGCCCUCGUCGACCACGGCGCGCUUCAAGCCAAGUUUGCACGCCUCAACGCCUACGACUACUUGCUCGAGCACGAAGAGGCAUCGUAGUGACGUUAACGUCAUGCCUUAUACGACACGGUUAUACUUAAAGUACAUCCUACACCCUAUCCCUAAUCGACACGGGAGGACCGCCCUCUACUAGUACGCACGAUGCCAACCUGGU